AUGAUGAUUCGAUUUGGCCAAUCAGAGCGCGAGCACUGCGUGCGCGAUAUUCAGCUCAGUUGGGCCCUGGGCGGUCGUGGUGCGAACAUCCAAGGACCAUCCAACAUCUCGCCUAAAGCGUGGACCGGGGUCUUGAGUGCUGGUUGUGCUGCUCUCAAUCCAUAUGGCUACAUCCCGGAGGAGCACUAUGAUCCCAGCCAAUCCGGCCAGUUUACAUCUGUUCUCGUGGCCAAUCUUCACGACCUCUUGUACGAUCACGGAGCCUCGAACAGGAUGACCGGUAUGAUGUACACAGCUGGGGCUGGACUGGCCAAGGAUGACAUUGCUGUCGCCUAUUCAGUGGGAAUGGUCGAUGCAAUUGCUCGUCGCAUUAGUCGUCUUCCCGAGGGCGAAGAUCUCAUCUUCGGUGAUUCGGUUUAUAUGAUCACCUUCAGCUGGGCGCCCUUCAACACUCGAUAUCGAACCUGGGAACGUUUCAUCAAAUAUACCAGAAUCUUACAAGCAUUCUCUUCGCCAGAUGCCUCCCGAAUCCUGGAGAUCUCCCGUCGUGGGAAGGUUCUGGCAGUUAGCGACCAAGACCUCGAAAACAUUCCCGUAAGCGAGUCGUGGGAUGCAGCAAUGAAUCCAUCAUCACCAUCCAGACUGACGCCCCGAGUCACCGAAGCAUACACGCUUCCUCCAGCCUUGGUUGUGUUUGAGAAAUACGGCAUCAGCCAGCCCCGUCUAUGCGCCGAAUGUGAACCCACGUACCAGGCAUCUGUCAAUACGACCGACCAAUUCCAUGCCAUCGCUGGAAUCCCUCAAGCAGUGGUCUCGCGCGACUCGGUUGCUUUAGCUGUCGGUCUACGUCGCGUGGCUAUUUUGGCAGCUACAACCGAUCAUUCCUCCGGGGAGUAUUGCUGUGAUGCGUGUGCUUGCAAACUUGGUGCUUGGGUCGAUAACCUCUCUUACAAGGUCCUAGUCUCCAUGAUGGAAAGUGAGCCCAAGAGUACCCCGAAGGAGUGGAUGUUGGAGAAUUACCUGGUUAUUUACGCGACAUUGUGGCCGGUCUGUGCAAUUAGCAUCCUCAGUGGGUUCGAUGUGAUUGCCAAUGCCAAAUUCCAGCCAGGCGCCAUGGGGGAACGCGAUGCUGUGGAUUGCUAG